AUGGCGAUGGCGAUGAGCAGCUACAACCACAUCUUUGUCGAGAAUAUGGUCGACGGCGAAGGCGACAAGCCGUCGCGCAUCUUGCGGCAAGACCAGCUCCUCAUGCCGCACUUGUACCAGCCCACGAAAGGCUGCCACGCGUGCCAUGAGUGCACGAAAGCCUUUACGACCUUUCGUCGCAAACACAACUGCCAAAUGGUAUGCAAUGACGUCGUCGACGAUCCCUCUCACGAUGGCCUCUAG